AUGGCGGCACUGCCUCAAAAUAUGGCUCCUCAGGUAGACAAGCAUCCGCCGAGCACAAGAAUGCCACUACAGUCCACGAACUCCGACUCGGAGGCGCUAUCACUGUUACCGGUUCAUCGCACGUCUGCGCUUUUCCCCAACCGUCGGGUUCCGCUCUUUCAAAGCCAGUGGUGCGUACGGACUUUCAGAAACCGAGCGCGACGUUCUCGCUGUACCCGCUUAUUCAAGCCUCCCUUCUAUGCUCAUUAUAUUUGUCUCUGUGCUUGUCAGAGGACCCGAGACCAUGCUGCGCUGCCUCUUGCAUCGGCCGCUUCAGCAUCAGGGUCCGCAACGACGUCGGCUAACGGGAGUCGCGAGGCGAAGAAGUGGAAGCCUGAGGACUUCGAGAUAGGGAGGCCGCUGGGACGCGGGAAGUUCGGGAAGGUGUACAUGGCGCGAGAGAAAGAGCACGAGUUCGUCGUGGCGCUGAAGAAGCUUUCAAAGAAGGAGCUGCUCAAGGCGCGCAUGGAGCACCAGCUGGUGCGAGAGGUGGAGAUCCAGAGCAACCUCCGCCACCCGCACAUCCUGCGCCUCUUCGACUACUUCUACGACGAGGGCGAGGUGAAGAUCGCAGACUUCGGAUGGUCCGUACACGCUCCUAGUUCGCUCGAAGGCACUUCGCAUGAUCGCAUGGUGGACAUCUGGAGCCUCGGCGUGCUCGCGUACGAGUUUCUCUACGGAAUUCCGCCGUUCGAAUCAACCACCACCGCGCAGACGUACAGACGAAUCAUGCAGGUGGAUCUAAAAUUCCCACGCAACAUCAAUGUGUCAAGCGACGCCAAGGACCUGAUCCAACGGCUGGUGGUGAAGGAGCCGUCGGCACGCUUGGCGCUGAAAGACUUGGUCGUGCAUCCAUGGAUUCAGAAGUACGCGGAGCGCAAGCCUCGGGAGCAGGCGCUGGCGACAGUCGUGCAAUAA